AUGAUUUCCGCUGUAAAUGGUGUUCAAGACAUGGAGGAGUUGGAAGGGCAAAAACAUGACAGCAGAGUUUAUAAAGUUGUCCUGACUGGAGGUUUGUUUGAUUUUUAUGUUCAAAAUAGCUGUUAUACUGUCUUAGAGCCAUAUGGUAAGACUUUCGCACAGCCCUUAUUCUAUGUGAACAUACAGGUAAUAUGGUUGUUUACAUUGCAUUAAUAAGGGAUAGAAGAAGAAUUCUUAUAUACACAUUAUAGUGAGCUGAUAAGGUUAGGAACUGCGCUGAAAUCUUAUCUUUUUUUAUUAUUUUUGUAAGAGAACAGGUGUUUUGAAUUUAAAAAGAAAAAAUCAACAUGCAUGUGAGGACCACAUGACUGAAGCUUACAGAUUAAUAAUAAUAUUGAACAUCAAGCCGUGUAUUCUGCUUCCGCUCUUAAAAAAACAACAACAGAGUUUACAUAAAUAGCAAAGAUUUAUUUUCCCUGACAAUGAACUUGCAAGAUUUACGUUAAAGUUGUCAAAGAAAGUCCACAGCUGUUAACAGUAUUUUAAUUCAAGAUUGGGUAUCAGCCAACCUUCAUUAGAAAAUCGUGGAUUAUACAUUAAUAAAUAAUCAAUUCAUCCAUAUCCCUCAUCCUGUAAAAGGCUAUCUGUUUUCUUUAUUUUUAAACCACCCAGAAUGCACUCUGCUUACCCCCAACCCCCCAAAUAGUCCAUUGGGUGAUUCCAGAAAAUAUCCAUACCAUACCACGGGCGGCAUCUUGGAAUUCCGAGGGAGAGGGGGGGGUUUCUUGGACUGGAAUUCCGAAGACGUGGGGGGGGUAAUGCAGUUUGGAAUUCCAAAGGCAUGGGGGGGUGUUUCAGCUCUGAAUUCAGUGAAUUUCCAGAGGAAAGACGGCGAAAGCUCCGCUUGAAAUCGCUGACCUGUUAACAUUCCCAGUUUGUAAAUGAAGCACGAACCGACCACGGAAGAAGUAUGCGUUCAUGCAGAUGGGUAAGCAGAUGGGUUGUGCAGCAAGCUCCACAUCGAAGAGGUCUUAAAGUUGAUGAAUUAGUCAACUGAUUAAUAAAAAUAUAACCAAGUCGGUGUUUCUCGCCGAUUGCCAAUCGACGAUGUGUUGUUGCAUGCUGAAAACUCGCACCAGUCUCUCGUUUCCAAAUAGAAGGCCUGACAGAUUUUGUAUUUCACGCCGAUUUUUCACGCCAACAUGUAGGUAGUAAAAUCCGACAGCGUGCCUUUUGAUGCGCUGUUUAAUUCAAAACUGAUAUCAAUACGAUCUACUCCUGAAAAUAUGACGGUAUUGAAUGGAAAACAAAAAGUUCUAUUAGGUGGUAAGCAGCUUAAAGAUAAUGCUUAGAAGGAAUAGCUACGGUGUACUAACGUUAACAAACUUGAGUUGCUUGAUCGUCUGACUAAAAAUUGUGAACAGAAUUCUUUUGCAGAGGGAAAAAGUGCAAGUUUCUCGUUCGUUUGAAGAUUUAGGCAGACGAACAGGAAUUCCAAAGGGUCUGAAACAAAAGUGGAAAAUUCCGGAGAGAGGGGGGGUUAGUAAUUUUGGAAUUCGGAGGGCAAGGGGGGGAUAAGCAUUUUGGAAUUUCCGAGGGCAAGGGGGGGUUAAAAUACUCAUGCCACCCGUGGUAGGGUAUGGAUAUUUUCUGGAAUCACCCAUUAUUUUUUUUGCAUAACUGACAUGAACCCAAACUUGUCCUCUGUUCUCAGAGUUCUCUGCUACUUGCCUCUAGGGAAUGGUAGGACCCUCUUGUAGGAACAAGAUUGACAUGAACUUUGAUUAUUUAUUAUUUUCCCACUUGGGCAUAAUACUAAAUGUUUCAUUAUGUUCUCUUUGGACUUUGCAAAUUCCAAACAGUGGGGUCAGCUGAAAUAUAUAAAAACCCUAUGAUAGUUUGACUUGGUCAAACAAUGUUUUUCUUGAAAAAUGCUUACAGUAAGGUAAAAGAUAAAGGCAUGCACGAGACAAAGGCCCACACGGCCAGAGCUUAUCCCGGUUUCCAUUACUUCCCCCUGGAUGGGAUGCCAGUCCAUCACGGGGUUACCCCUCAGCAGUAUGUCGCCGGUACCCAUUUGUACACCUUGAUGAAGAGAGACAAAGUGGAGUAAAGCUCCUUGUCCAAGGAAACAAUGGAUGGCUUGAACCCCGGACCUCCAGAUCCGGACUUCAAGGUGUUAACCGCUCAGCCACACGCCUCCACAAACAAUGUUUUUCUUGAAAAACCCUGACAGUAAAACUGGCUAAUUUAUUGCAAUAAAUCCCAUGCAGUGGAAGAAAGUUUAUCUGUAAGGCAUGUCAGAUGAACUACCACCAAGCUCCUGUGUGGGAGCAAAUAAUUUUUGAAGCGUUCAAGCAUUUUCAACUCUACUCCAAUGGGAAUUUAUUGAUGCAAACUUAUUUCCAUACAAGGCUUCCCUACUUUCCUUCCUUUUGACCAAUAUUUUGUUAUAGGUGAGCCACUGAAGGUUUGAAACCCUGUCCUUGUUUAGGAUAAAAAAAUUAUUAAAAUACACACCCUGUUUAGGACAAAACCCUCAAAUUUAUUACCCUGUUUGGCCCAAAGGACAUGUACACUGUUUAAGACAGACUUGCAAGAAAUUGUAUACUCUGUUUAGGACAGAUUCGCACAAAAUUGUAUACCCUCUUCAGAACAGAAAGGAUGAAAACCAUACCCUGUCCAGUGGCACAUCCCUGCAUAGGCCAUAUAAGACCCUAACUCUAACCCUAAUCCUACCCCCUCCCCCGGGUCAACCCCCAGGGGGGGUACUCGGGAUUUCAAGUGACAGGGAUGAUCGAAGGAUUUUUUGGGGUUUGAAAUUUUCAAUUCCGGGAUUUUUUAGGGUACGAAAAUUUGGCUCAGGUAGCUUGAUUUGAGUAGGGAUUUUUUGGGGGUAUUAAAAAGAAUCGGUAGUGCCCUGGCUGCGUGGUUCUGUGAAUAAAGUACAAACAAACUUGUUUUUCUGUUGUUUAAUAGAUAACUAUGGUGUCGCUUUACAUCGCACGUGUCAUACAAUAGUCUGCAGAAAUCGGCAUGGGAUGUUUUGGGGGUAAAUUUUUGGUCCAGGGAUUUUUUUGGGUUUUGCUGGAAGCCCUAGGGAUUUUUUUGGGUCUUGACUUUUGGCUCCAUUCGAUCAUCCCCGUCACUUGAAAUCCCGAGUACCCCCCCUGGGGGUCAACCUCUUUCUUCCCUUUGCCCCUUUUCUUAUCUUUCUCUUUUCAUUACUUUGUUUAUGACUAUGGUAAUUUACUGUUUUGUUCAAAGGUCCUUGUGCAGGAAAGACAACAGUUCAAGCAAUGAUGUCCACUUUUUUUGAAAAUCUUGGCUGGAAGGUGAUGAUGAUAUUGAGGACUGAUAAUGCAUGAUAGUUGUUCCACAGUUUAAUUUAUAAAUAUAUUUUUAUCUUAUUCUAUUUUCUUAUGUUGUAGGUUUACAGAGUGCCUGAAGCAGCUACCAUACUACUUGGGUACUGUAAUACUUUAAAGGUUGACUAUGUUUCAGUGAACUGGGUUUUUAUAAAAAUUUUAUUGUUGUGCUCAUUCAGGGCUGUAAGCAGUCCUGAUUAUACUGGUUAGUUAGCUAAAAAAGAGAAAAUGAAAAGGUUUGUACUGAUGGUCUAGAUGUAACAUUAGUUUGAAUAAUGAUAGCACUUUUUGGGAAGUGUUUUCUUCACCGUACCUUCAAAACUCAAUGAUAUCCACAAUUCCCAAGAAUUCCAUGUCGUUCUAACAUGUUAUUUCAUAUUCUUUUGUUUUGUUUGUGGUAUAGAGGUGGUGUCAAGUUUCCUGAUCUUGAUGAAGAAGAAGGUAUGGAGAGCAGCCUCAACCUUAAAAAUGCAAAUAAAAUCCUCAUUGCAGAGUCCUAUAGACACCCCUAAGCUAUCACAGGUUUACUUCUAUGGACAGUUUGUCUCAACUUAGCCUUUGUGCAAUCCCUACCUAAAUGUUUGAUAUUGAUCCCAGUACUAUAUGCAGAUCAGAGAGAUGCCAAAAACCAAGGGGACUGAAAUUAGAAGAAAAGAUUAGCCAUGUCAUGCACUUGGCCCUAACAUUCUUUGUUGCCCAUUAUAAUUAAAAAGACUUUAUACUCAAUGUUAAGUAUUCUAAAUUAUUAACUUUCAUUCAUUUUGCUUGUCUCUAGUGUACAGAUUUCAGGAAAAUCUUAUGAAGACCUUGCUUCAGUUAGAGCAGACAUUUUUUGACUUGGCAGCUGGCUGUAGGAGGAACACUUUAGUUAUAAGUGACAGGGGAGCUAUGGAUCCUUCGUCAUGUAAGUUCCAAGAACAGUCCUACCUCAAUUCUAAUAGCAGCUUAAUGCAUCCACAUAUCACAUUCACAUAUUUAAUGCGUCCACAUAUCAAUCACCUAUUUAUACUUGGAUCUGUUGUAGGUAAAAGAGAAUACUUGAAGUAGUAUAGUCCCUUCAGUGGCCAAUUAAUUAAAGCUAUAUGAAAAGGAAUCAAGUCAAAAUAAAGAUUUGAGGUCACAUCUGGGAAUCAAGCUUAGGACCUCUCGCACAGAAGGCCAUACCCUAUCCAUCUGUGCCAAUCCUUGCUCUUCUGCAGCGUAGUUACUAAAACAUGGAACGACCUAAAACCACCUAAAACCAUCUACAACCACCUAAAACCACCUCAAAAAAUUCAACAACCACCUACAACCAUCUACAACCACCUCAAAAACAUCUACAACCACUCGCAAACAAUCUAAAACCAUCUAAAACAAGGUAUAAAUGUCUGAAAUAAGGCGAGACGACAACAAGUCACGUACAUGAAAUACGAGAAUCAAACAAAACAUCCACUUCCCCCUAAAAUCUUACUCUCCCUGGUCCCUUGUAUCAUCAACCAUUAAGCUUAACACAAAACUUCCACCGCACUGUCCUCUUAUGUUGAGAGGGCUGGGAUAUAAGUUUGAUUUUGUUUCCUCUCUCUUCUGAAACUCAUCGACAAUUUGAGUAUAAUUUAAGCAACAACUGAUGGUUUGUGAUUUUUAAUUGUUUUAAAAUCAUGUUUAAAAUGUCACAUUACCAGUGAUUACAUAUGGUGCGAAAUCUGGAAUACACCUACUAGUCUCCGUUUCCUGUGUCGUGACGCAAGGGAGUUUAGCCUUGCGUGAUGACCCAGGAAAUGGGUGUGAAAGACGCUAGGGUUUAAUAAUCUAAAGGAGUCACCUGGAAUGUACAAACGGGUUUGGUGGAUGAUAAACAGAUGUUAAACAAUUAACUUAUCCUUAGGAAUGUAAUCCGCCACCUCAGAACAAAAUAGCAGUGAAGCGGACUCCGAGAGAGAGAGAAACCCUACCUUGUGCCAUUAUGUGAACAAAUUGCCUGCGUGCAGACGUCUCCUAUUUCCUUUUGUUGCACGCGUGCAACAAAGGAAAUAGGAGACGUCUGCACGCAGGCAAGUGAACAAAUGAAACGUGAACCAACACGUCUCACUGGUACCCAGGGUAGAAAAAGCCAAAUCAAGUCAGUCUUUCGACUACGAGUUUGUUAUUUUAUUUUAGUAUUUUUUGAGACUUGAUAGUUCAUUUUGUAAAGUUCUUUAAGUCUUUGUAAUAUACUUAGCAUGAUCUCGCAUUUCAUUUCGUGACUUAAGCCAAUGGUUGAUGAUACCAUAGUUAAUUGAGUGGAAUGGUUAUGAAACCUGUCAGACUCCUUUGUUAUAUGUUUUUGUGGACCUGAAAGUGCACAACGUUCAAAAGAAUUCCCAUCAUUUUGAUUGUAUUGACCAAUAAAAACGUUGCAUUAAUUUAUUCCGUAACAAUUUGCCAACAGAAAACAAAGGAUUGUGCACUUUCACGGUACUUCCAACAUAAACUGCAGCACUGUUGUUUUUAUCAUUGAUGUUUGCCGCUUUUCAUAACCAGUCUCCUCUAAUAACUAUGAUGAUACAAGGGACCAGGGAGAGUAAGAUUUUUGGGGGGAAGUGGAUGUUUUGUUCGAUUCUCGUAUUUCAUGUACGUGACAUGUUGUCGUCUCACCUUAUUUCAGACAUUUAUACCUUGUUUUAGAUGGUUUUAGAUUGUUUGCGAGUGGUUGUAGGUGUUUUUGAGGUGGUUGUAGGUGGUUGUUGAAUUUUUUGAGGUGGUUUUAGGUGGUUGUAGAUGGUUUUAGGUGGUUUUAGGUCGUUCCAUGUUUUAGUAACUACGUCUUCUGCAGCAGGGAUAAUAGGCAAGAGCCUUAUAAUCCUUAGACCUUUUGCUUAGUAAAUGAGUAUUUUAUCAUUCCUUACUCUUAUUUGAUUAACUUUUAGACAUGAGUUCAGAGGAGUGGCAAAGACUUCUCAGUAAUAAUGACUUGAAUAAUGUGACACUAAGAGAUGCACGCUAUGAUCAAGUUAUUCACUUGGUAAGUUUAUUGUUUUUUCUCUAUUGAGGUUAUUUUCUCCAAAAUGCUUUUCUCGACUUCUAAAGAGAUUUCAUUUCCUUUGCAUUUAAAGAAUGCAGUAAGAAUGAGUAAAUAAUUUUUCAAUCUUCAGGUGUCAGCAGCAGAAGGUGCAGAAGAGUUCUAUAUUACAUCAAACAAUCACACACGAAUGGAACCUGUGGAACAGGCCAGAAAAUUGGACAGAAUAACACAACAGGUCAGCUGUAAUGAAUACAGUAUUUUAUAACCCAUUGCACACUACUGCUAAUUAAAGUACCCAAUGUUAUUGUGGACUUUGUCUACUGACAUGGUUACAUCAUUAAAUUUCCAGAGGGUCUUAUUUGCCAUGAGCGAGUGUGUCGAAGAACUCGAGCCAGACCCUAACCAUGACACCUUAAGUCGCACUUACUCAUGAAUAUGCAAAUUAAAUCCAAUAUUCUAUUUCAUCCAACCACUGAAAAGUUUCCAUAGUAAAAGUUUAUGAUUUAUCGCUGGGAUUUGAGUUUUAAGAAGGGGUUGGAAAUGCUUUCCUCUUUAAAGCUUACACAGUUUUAAUAUAAAGAAGCAUCCAAGUAACUGUUGUUAUGCACACAAUAUACUUUUUUGUGACACUUGUUCUGUAACACUAACAACAGCUGUUACCAGACAAAUUUCAGAUGAAUUGCAAAUUGAUUUAGAAUUACUGGUAAGGUCAAAUCCAAAAACAGAUUUUUGAUCCUUGGUUUGCCUGAUUUCACGGCUGAAAGGUUCUGAAUCUGGAUUUGCCAAAAGGAACACAAAAUCCGUUUGAGAUCGAAAAUUUGAAAGAAACACACUGUAAUAAAUUUUUAAAUAUAAAAAUGCUUAAUGUUUCCUGAUGUGAACUCAAUGUGUGGUGAAUGUCAUUAAAAUAAUUACCAGUAUUGAUAUUUUUGGUUUUAGGCAUGGGUAGGGCACCCAUAUGUUGAUGUCAUUGACAACUCUACAAACUUCAACAGCAAAGUGCGUCGUGCUAUUGAAGUAAGAUAAUUUGCAUGUUAACAUUUUCAUUAUUUCUUUUAGCAUUUUGCUACCCAGUUGUUGCUUUUUGGCAUGUAUUUUUAAGUGUGGUAUCUGUAUGUGCGCUUCCUAAUAGAUGAGAACCUAUAAUUUUAAUUUUGCGGGUUAGCACAAGAAGGUGGUAUUACGUGUGUGGCGUUUUGGCAUGUGUAAUCCAAGUGAUGUUUUUCAAUGUGGGAAUGAAUAUUAUCUUUGAGAUACGCUCAUGCUGAUAUUUCUGAAAUAUCUAGGCAGUUUGCACCAAACUGGGACUAAAUAUCGGAGAUCGCUUGUCACCAGAGAGCAUAAAGAGAAAGUUUCUGGUUUCAUCUCUUCCAGACAAAAAGGUAACCACCGGCAAGUUUCAAUUUACUAAUUUAAACAGUGCAAUUGAAAGUACCGUUUUAUCCUCAGUAUAUAAGACAACUUGAAAUGGGCGGGGAUGCUCGUCGUGUUUUGGGCAAAAUGCCAUAUUAAGCGUAAAGGUCUCUUUAAGGGUUGCAUGCGAAGAAAUAUAAAAAAAUUAUAUAUUAAUUCAAUUCGGGUUAUUUACUCAAUUCAUGUGAUCAAAGUUUAAAUGGUCUCUUUCAGGUGUCACAAAAAGGGUUGGCCAGUCGGGGAUUGGUCUUCUUAAUGGAGGUUUAAUUCAAAAUUUCCGACGAGCACCCCAGCCCAUUUCAUGUGGAUCAAGUCCUCUCCCCUCUAGGCUUUUCAUAGCUUUUUCAUAGAAAUCAUAUUUAGGGUACACUUGAUUUCACAGGUUUAGAGCCAUUUUUAUAAACCAUGAUCUUUAUCCUGGAUCAUGACUCCUUGUACAGAUAAUUUAUCCCAUAGGAACACACCAUAAAUUUCAGCUUUGACGGCAAGUUAUGAAGUCUUACCUUUAACUGUUUAUUGCUGUUUUAUAGGCAUUUCCUGUUUUUGAGGACUUUGAUGUCAUUCAUGACUACCUGUCUUCAUCAGACCCCAAAAGUCAAGCUCGUCUUAGAAAAAGAGGCCAGAAUGGUAACAUAACAUACACUGUUUACAGGUAGCCAUUAUGACAUGUGAAGGAGGAUCAUGAGGUUAUCCAUAUAUUGAGAUCUCUCCUUAGAGAUAACCCACCCAGCCCAGGGAAGGUUGGCCACGCCACUGGGGUCUGUGUCCCCUCCUCUUUUCGAACAGUGGUGUGGGUUCUUUUACAAUCCACAAGAAGCAGAUCGGUGAAAUUGCUGUGAGAUGGGACUUGUUGUUUUUUGUCCUUAUCUGACAAGACUAGCAAGUCUAACCCAUUUGCCAAUGUCAUUACAAGGCCAGCGCUUCUUCUCAGUUAUUUUAAGAAACUAAGUGUUGGUCCAGGUGGGGUUUGAACCUAGGACCUCCCUCUCAGCAGACCAGCGCUCUCCCAACUGAGCUAACCAGGCAGUCGAUUAUGCAAGUAAGUUGGGUUUUAAUGAUACAAACCAGUAAAAUGCUGCGGUUCUUUCAAAUAAAUAAUGCUAAUAAUAAUAAGUAAUUUCUUUGUUUACCCUUGACAGUGUUUAUAGUAUGUUUGCUAGUGGGGCUGGUCGGUUCUUCUUGUUAAGAUGCUUGGCCAAUGCAGGGUUGCAUGCAUUUCAGGUACCCUAUAACUAGUUUCGCGUUUGUAAUUUUUGCUGAAUAGGUCACUACACCUACAUGCAUACGUCAAGGAAAGAGACCAAGAUCAAUGGACAGGUUGUGGAAGUCCGAACUAAUUUAUCAUCAAAGGAUUAUGAGGUAAUCAUGAUCAAGUUCAUAAUCAGUAGACAUUAACCCCUCAAGUCCCAGGAUUAAGCAACAUCAAUUUUCUCCCAACAAUAUGAAUACAAAAUCAAAAGAAUAAGUCAUGAGAAUUAAUAAAAUGAUCACCAAGGAGAAAUGUUUUUAUCUUUUAUUUAAUUUUCAACCAGUUCUUUAAAGACCUGUAUAAAGAUCAGUUUAGAGAAAUUGUAUGUGGAUAUUUUGGUUGAAAGGGUUAAGAAUCUCUCUCUCACUGCUAUUUCUUCUCCUUUUACUCAGAGGUUGUAUACCCAGCUUGAUCACUCUCGUCAGUCAGUGUACAAAACCAGGAGAUGCUUCUUAUGGAACAAUCAAUACUUUCAGUUGGAUAUUUAUAGUGAACCGUGUCAUCCAAGGUAAAAUUGUACCUAUUUUGCUCCUUGUGUUUUUAAAUACUGUAUCAUUUCAUUUUCUAUCAUUCAUAAUUUAUUGGUAAUAAACUUGUUUAUUGUUCAGUGGUCAUCCAUUGAAGGAAAGAGUGCCAAGGCGCGAUUUUUGUACAGUCAAACCCUGUUAAUAUGGACACUGAGGGGGCCAUAGAAAGUGUCCCUAUUAAUGAGGUAUCUGUAUUUAGCAGGUUGAAUUGAGAGAAAAUAUUUGGGCUUUCUUUCCCCAGGGACAAAGCAAACAGUACUAAAUAAUGAGCUGUCCGUAUUAAGCGAGUGUCCCAAAAGCAGGGUUUGACAGUAUUAUGUGAUAAUAACAUUUCUUUUCACUUAAGAUUGUACCUUAGUUAAUUACCUCACUUCCAGGCACAUAUUCGUGUUAAGUCUCAAGGUAUGUGAUGGUAAACUUUCCCUGGGAAGACGAUAGAGAAGGCUGUCUGACCAUUGGUUGGAGAUUUAACUUAAUGCCCCAAUUACUUGUAUUUGUCUAGGGCAUAAACAUUUGCCCCAUAGGGAUUGAAAGAUGGCAUGCAUUUGGUUGUUGCCUAAGGAUUGGGAUUCCGAAUGUGGCUAUCCUGAUCAUUUCUUACAAAUAAUUAUAUUUUUUUCCUUUCAUAAAGUUUUGGCUAGUACAGUGAUGAAGUAGUUGACAAAGUACAGUCACCAGCAUAAUUUAGGCCCAAGAAACUAACUAUGUUGUCUGAUAUUUUGAUAGGUGUAAAGGGCUGUUAAUCCUUGAAACAUACACCACAGAGAGGGGAGACGGCUUGAAGAGGCCGGAUUUCUUGGAUAUUGUAAAGGAAGUUACUGGAGACCCAUUUUACUCCAUGUUUCACUUAGCACUAAAGGACUAAAAUGCACAAACUUGUGUUAGCUGAUUCUAACAGUCCAAAGUCACUUGCUUAAUCUCUCCUGAGAAAUGAGAGAGGUCCAAGAGACCUUGGACUGUCUGAGAAUCAAUGUUGAAGAUGUAAAGUCAACCAUAUUAACUUGUUCUUUCACCUUCAGGCCCCCACUCUUACACCUAUAUUUUCCUUGACUGAUUCUUUAAGUUGAAGGGUUGCCCCAAUUAACUCCUGAUAAAUUGCUAGAUUCUCCUUUCAAUUCACCUUAUAUGUGUUUUGAAUCAAGGGAAGAAAUUGCCGUUAGUUCAGAAGACCCUUGGAGCAAUAUUCCACACGCUCCAGUGUGUCAAUGCACAUGCAAACAAACAUUACACCCCUUAGCAAUGCAACUGAGUUGUUGGUCAUCAUAAGUGGAUAACAACUGGUGGUUUGGGUGUAGGUGUGACCCCUCUCUCACACACCCUUUCCCACCCACUUUAAAUAACUUUGUUCCAACUCCUGAAAGGUUUUUACUUUCUUAAUAUCAACAUACCAGUUACCCCAGUAAAAAAUUAAGAAUACUUCAUGCACCCAAAUUUAUUUUAGUUUUACAUACUUACACAUUGCCUGCGUGCAGAUGUCUUCUAUUUCCUUUGUUCCAUGUACAACAUAGGAUAUAAAUGUCUGCAUGCAGGCAAACUUACACAGGACAUAGAAUGUGACUUCGGUUAUAAAGGGAUAUUUCAUGAAAAAAACAAUAAAAGUUAGAAAUUUAUCGGCAGUUAACCACAUUCAAAGGCAGUUGUCUUCUAAUAGGCUUGAUUUCGUAAUUAGGAAGAUUGAGUUUUAUGGUGGUUUGUACAGGUCUUUGUAAUGGUACUGGUAAAGCAUGAAAUUCUGUAAUUGUAACAUCCUAGCUUUUGGAUUUUGAAGCUCAUUUAAACCUGUUUAAAAGUACCAAACAUUACUUAACCAUAGAAUAGGCAUGCCCCAAGGUUUAGAUCAAAAUGACUUUGCUCCACAAAAUGGUCUUAUUACUUUAGCUUUAGAGUAGAUUUUAAUAUUGCUGAGUGAUUUUAUUUAUUGUAGCUUGUUUUCCAAUUUCUGUUGUCAAAUGUAGGCACCCAUCCGUUUUUACAAGUCAAUGAACCCCGAGUUCUUGAGCUGUGUGGACUGGAAUAAUGUUCUAAAUUGCAUGUUUCUUGAGAGUGGAUUUUAAUAUUGCUGAGUGAUUUUAUUUAUUAUAGCUUGUUUUCCGAUUUUUGGUGUCAAAUGUAGGCACCCAUAGUUUAUUACAAGUCAAUGAACCCCGAGUUCUUGAGCUGUAUUGGACUGGAAAAAUGUUCUAAAUUGCGUGUUUCUUAGUGUUGCAGAUACUUUUAUUGGUUAGCUAUCGUGUUGUGGUUUGGUUAUUGAUGAGUGUCUUCAAUCUUUUGUAUUACAUCAUCCACACCACCAAGAAAAUGCCCCCAAAUUUGAUGUACUGGGAGCAGCACGUGCUCCCUUCUCCCUGGACUCCAUACUACUUAAUGGCAACAGGGUGGUUCAAAUAGGACACCCCAGUUAUUGUCAAUUCAGGCACUGGUAAUUAGAAAGAAUGUAAAAUGAAUUUAUAAGUGUUUAUAAAUAAUUGGUUCAACUGUACAUAGUACAUACUUUCAGAAUCUUAAUUUAUUACUCUUUUUUAGUCAAUGCUAAUAGCAGGUGAACAUUUUAGUGAUUUUCUGGUAGCUAUCGGAUGUAAGUCAUUUUUCCCCCUUUCCCUUUCUCAAGCCCAAGAUGAUUUAAAUUUUCCUUAGUUAAGUUAUUUUAGUUGAAGCUAGAAGUAAAAGGAGACUCUGAAAGGGAAGUCAAAUGCGUACUGAAAAUGAGCUAAUGAAAUCCUGUUUUGUAGACCUAUCCUGAAAGGCCUCACUUAUUACUGAUGAUCCACUGUAUGUGAAUGUGAGAAAAUAACCAUCAUAUUUAGAAGAAAGGGUAGGGAAUGGACACUUCAGAAAUUAACAGUUGGAUUAAUUUAAGUAUUAGCCAGAUAUAGUUGAGAGUGUUUGCACUGUAAAUGAUAUUGCCUUUCAUUUGGUAAUAAAGGAGA